AUCUCUUUCUCCAUAAAUAUACAUAUACAUCUAUCUAUAUAUACACUCACCCAAACUUCAUUCCUAUCCGUUGCUAGUUGAUUAUUCGGGUCAUAAUGGUUAGCGACGGCACCAUGAGCACACAAAGCCAAAACCCACCAUAUGGUGGUGUCGACAAGACAGAGGUUGACAAGCGAAGUGAAAAGGAGAAAGCCAUAGACGCAUGGCUUCCGAUCACCUCAUCAAGAAACGCAAAAUGGUGGUACUCGGCCUUCCACAACGUUACGGCGAUGGUUGGAGCGGGUGUUCUGAGCCUCCCUUACGCAAUGUCUGAACUGGGAUGGGGUCCUGGUGUUGCGGUUUUGGUGAUAUCAUGGGUGGUAACUCUCUACACAUUAUGGCAAAUGGUUGAAAUGCACGAAAUGGUGCCUGGAAAACGGUUCGACCGAUACCACGAGCUCGGGCAGCAUGCUUUUGGUGAGAAACUGGGUCUAUACAUUGUGGUUCCACAACAGUUGGUUGUAGAAGUUGGUGUGUGCAUUGUUUAUAUGGUCACUGGAGGAAAAUCAUUACAGAAAUUUCAUAAAUUAGUUUGCAUAGACCCCUGCAAACAUAUUAAACUUACCUUUUUUAUUAUGAUCUUUGCCUCUGUUCAUUUUGUUCUUUCGCAUCUUCCCAACUUUAAUUCCAUCUCUGGAGUCUCAUUGGCUGCAGCUGUCAUGUCUCUCAGUUACUCUACUAUUGCUUGGACAGCCUCCCUGGAUAAGGGUGUGCAACCAGACGUUGAAUACGGCUACAAAGCUAAGAGCACAGUUGGGACUGUGUUCAACUUCUUUAGUGCGUUGGGUGACGUGGCAUUUGCAUAUGCGGGCCACAACGUGGUGUUGGAAAUUCAAGCCACAAUUCCAUCAACCCCCGAGAAGCCUUCAAAAGGUCCCAUGUGGAAGGGAGUGAUCGUUGCCUAUAUAGUUGUUGCCUUGUGCUAUUUCCCAGUUGCUCUUAUCGGAUACUGGGUGUAUGGAAAUGGGGUUGAUGAUAAUAUCCUUGUUACUUUAGAAAAGCCCACAUGGCUAAUUGCCAUGGCGAAUAUGUUCGUUGUGGUUCAUGUUAUCGGUAGUUACCAGAUUUAUGCAAUGCCGGUAUUUGAUAUGAUGGAAACCGUGUUGGUAAAGAAGUUGAACUUUCCCCCAGGUUUUAUGCUUCGGUUUAUCACGAGGAAUUUGUAUGUUGCUUUUACAAUGUUCAUAGGUAUCUGCUUCCCUUUCUUCAGUGGACUACUUGGAUUCUUUGGAGGAUUUGCAUUUGCUCCAACAACAUACUUUUUGCCUUGCAUCAUGUGGCUUUCCAUCUAUAAACCUAAAAGAUGGAGCUUAUCUUGGAUUACCAAUUGGAUUUGUAUUGUACUUGGAGUUGCUUUGAUGAUAGUAUCACCUAUUGGAGGGUUAAGAUCGAUCAUCGUUCAAGCCAAAACCUAUAAGUUUUUCUCAUAAGCAACAAGUUGUGUGCGUGAUUUAGCCUGUGAUAUGAUACUAAAAGCUGCUCGGUGAGAAUGUUGUGGUUAGAAUUUAAGAAAGUUCUGCCAAAGAAGUUGUCUGCAAAAUGUUAUCGUGUGUAUGUCUUUUUAAAUGUUUACACUUGUAUUUUUAAUAAACUGUUACAAAAUUAAUGUAGACUGCAAAAUGCAUGAUGCAUUAUUGCAUCAGUUUUAUAAAAUGGUAAAUUAAUACUAUAA